CAGAAGAAGCCACAGCAACAGGAACAAUUCCUCCGCUCUCUGGAGAAGGCAACAGGGCGGUUGCGUGCUCGUGAGAAGAAGGCCCGGGGGAGCCCUCUCGCCCGCCGGGAGGGAGGCGGCGCCGCGCCGAUUCGACCCGCCGAUCGGCCGUCCGCGAAGGUAUACCCCUCCGAUUCGGCCCCCUCGAAUCCCCGCUUAAUCCGCGUGCUACUCGUGUGCAUUCGAUUUGGUAGGGGGCACUUGUGCGGUUUGAUCGGGGUUUUUCUGGGGGUGCAGUCCAGCCUCGCGGUGGAUUUAGGAGGAGGAAUUCGAGGGUCGGGGCGCGAGGUCGGGGGUUCCCUCGCUGCGGCGUCGCGGUCAAAAUAAUAUACAUAGUAAUGGGGGAUUUGGGGUCGCUGAUCGCUCGGCGCGGUCGUAGUUACCUGGGCUGGAUUAGUGCGAUUGAGCGGCACGGUGCAUCAAUUCUGCGCGGGAAAGCGUAGUGUCUACUGUUAGAGUGCCCCGGAUCUCCAAAUCCGUUGUGGUCCCUUUUUUUUUAAAAAAAAAAUCAGUCCCGACUCCGGUUUCCUGUUUCUGCAAGGCUCCGGAAGAAAGGCGUGCUGCAAUCAUAGUUGAUCGCUCAUUGAUCCUUAUGUAUUCUAGCUGUUUGCUUCCUCUAUUUCAUCUAAUCCUACCACGCUUCUGAAAUAAUUCAAACCCACAGUUGUGCCUCCUAUACCUUUGUAGUGAAUUUAUAGUUCCCAAAUCUAUCACUAACUUAAGCUUCUACAGAUAGAUCGUGGGUAUGUCUUGGUAUGGUUGGUCUCUGAUUAUACUGGUAUCUUGAGGUCGUGUUAUUUAGGAUGGAAACACAGUCUCGGCAAAUUGGGAAUGCUCCUGAUCACUGCCUGUCUCAGUUCUGAAGCUUGUUUUGUUAUAUGGCCAUUGUGGGUUUAUAUGGAACAAUCCUUAUUGUCAGGCGAUAUUUGCAUCACUAUGUCUCAGCUAUCGAUCAAUCUGUUUUGAUCCAUUUUAUAACCCUUCUGUUGAAUUGACCACGCUCCACUUUCAAUACUAUGUCACUAUGGUUCAUCUUGUACCUGUAUCUUUCCAAUUGAAGCUGUCUGACUGUAUGUAUGACUAAUUGGUGUCUAGCUGUUUGAGGAAUCAGUUUCCCUGUCCCAGGUUUACUUACUCUUUAAGUUUAGGAACUCCACACAUAUUUGGCAUACCAGUGAAAGUAUUUUGAUACUUACUCCCAAUCAACCUUGAAGCACAUUCUGAGCAAUGCUUUUGACCUCUAUAGCUUAUAGUUUCCAAAUUCUUUUCUGCAUCUGCCGUCCUGUUUAUUAGAAAGGCAUCUUUGGUAACAGAAGCCAGCAAAUAUAUUUACUCUAAAUCUGAACGUUGUGUGUCUCCACAUAUCUAUCUGUGAUGACAAUUAUGUUGAUAUUUUGGAGUUUCUUGUACGUGAAAGCAUAAACAACAGGAGUAGUCAUAAUUGUUAAGCUAGGCACUAGGAAUAUAGUUCAUGCAUCUCUGAACAUAUAUUUGAUCACAAGAUAAAUUUAAAUCACAUGUAUGACUCGUGCUGUGUCUCAGACUUCGAAUGUACCUUCUUCCUGUGACUCUUCUACAGCCAUUAAACAUGACUCGUGCCAUGUCUCAGACUUUGAAUGUACCUUCUUCCUGUGACUCUUCUACAACCAUUAAAUUAUUGAAGGUACACUUUGAUGGUUCAAUACAUGUUGGAACUCUAUAAGUUCCAUCGGACGAAGAACAUAUAAGUUCUUCAGUCAGUUUUUCUUUAGAAGGGGAAGUAUUGUAUCUGUUAAAGGUACAACAGUACAACACUGUUGUCCUUUGCUUUGAUGGUAAUGCAUGAAAUUCGAAGUUACUAGCACCAACAUGUCUUCUGCAUCUUCAGGUUAGUGAGAUCUGGCCUCCACAAUAGCCCAUCUUCUUGAAAGCAGAUAUAUAAGGCUUGUUAGAGUUGGAGUUCAGUCUUUGGGGACACAAAUUGAUUCUGUUAUUUGUUUGACUUCAAUUUGGGGCAUAUCCGGGCUUUAGGUUGGGUGAGGAACUGUUGUUUCAACGAUUUAUAUGAUGGUCAGGUAAUCAGGUUAGUGAAUAGUUUCAGAAUAUUAUAGUUGCAUAUUUGUGCUGGUGAGUAAGUUAUCAAGACCUGGUGAGAAUGUUAAUUCACUGUGAACCACAUUCACUCUUUUAUUCAGGACAAAUACUCUUUCAUAUUUUUGUUUCUCCCCUUGGAGUCCAUGCCUGAUGUGAGCACUCUCUCCUCUCUAGAUCCUCCAGUUUGUUGCUCUUCCAUGGUCUACAUAAAUCUUGAACCAAGAUUGUUAAAAAAAAAAUCUUGAACCAAGGAAAAUGUGCUUCUUCUGGAGAAUUAUCUAGCUUUCAGUCUUUUCAGGUCAAACAAAUGGGCAAAAUUUUGGGCUCCUUGAUUAAUUUUUUGCAGUGUUAAGUGGUGAAUACUGCUGCAGCAAAUGGGAGUGAUCCAGUUGGUCUAGGCCUUCUGAGGACAAUUGUCCUCAGUAAGAGCAUAUGUUCAACAUCACUGUUGGACUUGUGUUGCCCUUAGAGUGAGAGAUGGCGACUUAUCUUACAAGAUUGUAACAGCUUUUUUAACUUCAGAAGAGGGCUCCUCUAAUAUGAUUUUUGGAAGAGCUGUUGCGGCUAACUUCAUAUCAUUCUGAGGACUGGAAAAGGUGGACUAGUGCCACUCUUAGCACAUACCACCUAGAACUUUAGCCCAUUGGUUGCUUUGUAUGGGGAAAUACAUUGAUCAAAUAUAAAGACGAGAAGCGUAGUCUCAUGGCCCUCAGUUAACUUAUAGGAGAGCUGGAGAGGCAUAUCGUGAUCCGUGGAAGUAUUGGCCAGAGCAGCAUGAUGACCCAGUAGUCCUGAUUUGGGUGAUAUACUUACGGAUAAAUUGGUGUAAAUUUUGGAAAAGAACUUUAAAAGGUUGUUUCAUAUCAAAUUAGUUGAUCCGAAGAUCCUUUCCCAAGUAAAAAUCAGCUUAUCACAUAGAACUGGCUGCAGCAAUGGUAGCUGGGCCAAUGAAGUACCGGUUUCUUUUGAUCACUGGGAGGAUGGCAUUUGGAGAUAGCCAUUGAACGGAAAAAAGAGGCUAGUUGAAAUAGGUCAAUUGAUGAUGUUGGAAACAAGAUGCAUUUAUUCUAAGCAGAACAAAAGGGUACCACAAUUUCAAGGCAGAACCUUAGCAAUCAUGUGCCUCUGGUGUUUAUUUACAUGGGCAUGUUUGUACCUGAUUUGUAAUGCAAUGUCUACCUGUCUUCAUAUUUCCUGGGGCUUCUGGAGCUGAUAGCUAGCACUACACUUCCUGCCUUACAUAUCCAUUUUCCUUCCCAUUUUUCAGAAUUUUGUAUAUUUAUAAAUUUCUCUCCCUGUGACUUAGCUCAUUAAGAUGGGCUUUUUUCAUGCCAUGUAAAGAUAAAAGAUUCUGGCCGAUCUGUUUAUGCUUAAUAGAAUGUAAUAUGAACUGUACUGUUUCAGAAGUGAUGCCAUAUAAUUUAGUUGUACAUUGUUUGAACUUCUUUGACUGCUGCUGUAUUACCAUUUAUACAGAUGCUUUCUGUAUGGUUUUGCCAUUUAAGAUUGGUCCAUUCACUUGGUAUUGAUCAGAGUUCAGGUGUAUGUUUGUACUGCUUUUCUUAACCGAUGUUGUGAGGCUGUCUUUGUAGGUUAAUGGAUUUUCAUACUUCAUACUGAACCAUUGCAAUAUUAUCUUUGAUCCAAAUAUCCAUAAAUAUAACUGCUUGUCUAGUGUUUUUUCUAUUGUUCGAGAAAGAUAAAACAGUGCUGUUUUUUAAUUGACAUUUUAGUUUCUUUCAUCUUCCGUUAUUUACAUAGUGUGACUUGGCUUAAGUAUAUAUUUUUGGUAGACUUGAGAUGAUAAUGAUAUGCCAUAUACAGAGUUUCUCUUCAACUUACAUUUACAUUUCCGAAAGCUGUAGGGAAAAAAAAAUUCUGCUACUUGUAUUGAGGGCGAAUCUUGGGUUUCCACCUUUAUGCAAGUACAAUGAUGUUGGCAUCUCUAUGCAAGUACAAUGAUGUUGGCAUCUCUAGUUUAUUUCUGUAAACCAUAUACUUUAGUCAAAAUGCUCUGCGUUUGGCUUUUUAGUUACAUCAGAACGAUGUUCAAAUGUUUGCAUCCAUUUGUGUUUAGUGUUUUGCUGAAGUUAAAUAAGACACUGGAUAUGAUGAAUUAUUGGACUUUUGGCAUCUAACAUGUGUGACUGUAAUAUCACAUCUUGUGGUUCCAAGGCUUGAAUUAUCCUUUUAUUCCAGAAGCCUAAGCAUUUUUUACUCUUAUGUAUAUUUUCUUUUACUUUUUAUUAACAGCUACAUCUCUGUUUGCAGCUGCAACUUAUUUUGCUGGAAUACUAAUACGGAGCCUUUAUAAUUUUCCAGGUUAAAGAUAAAAAAAUCUAAGCUUACUGUUAAUGUACUAUGGCGGGACAUCAUAAUAACAACACAAAUAUGUCCAGGAUGGAUCAUGUGAACCGGUUCCAGAAUGAACCACCACCUUUUGGUCCAAAGUUAUUUAUGCAUCCUAGAAGUGAUGCGGUAAAUGGACCUCUAUCAGCAGGUUAUGGGGGAGCAACAAUAAGAUCAAAUGACCUUCCAUCCUCAAGUCACAUUGGCCAACCUCAGACCCAGCCGAUUGAAGCCCCUGGAACCAUGCUUGCACCCUAUGCUGGCUAUCCUCAUGCUGGAAGCUCCAGUAGCAUCUAUGCACCACAUAAUACUCAGCAUCCGCCUGCCUUGAGUUAUCCACAUAGAUCUGAGGAUAGCUUCACUCCAAGUCCCCAUAUGGAUGACAGAAGGGUUGCACAGAAGCGGAGGAACCCAAUUAUUCAUCCAAUGGAUGGAUCCGGUGUUGGCAGCUGUUAUGCUUCUAGUUCGUCUAAUCCUCAAUUCCCUCGGUACAUGCCUCCAAAUCCUAUUCCUGUUCCUGAACACUGCCCUCCUCGAAUGCCCUCAAAUAUGGGUUCAAGCUAUUGGAGUGAUAAUCGCUUUGGUAAUCAUGGAGGAUCUGAGAGGAACGUAAGAGGGCGACAUGAUCACAAUUCUAUCCAUUUGGGACACAGUCCAGCUAUAGCUUGCUCAUCAAGCAGCACUCAUGGGCCACCACACCAUGGUACUACAAUUGGUCCUUCUCUAAGUAUAGCAGUGCCACAAGAUAGAGCUCCUUUUUCUGCACCUCCAAGACUUGUUCCCCCAGGGGCUGAUGGAAACUCUAGCAUCACAUUCAGAGAGAGACCAUACUAUCCUGCUCCACAGAGGACCAACACAAAUGUGCCCCCUGUCCCAGCACUUUCUGGUUCUUCUGAUAGCAUGGCCUUUGUGCAUGGUGGAUAUGUCCCCCGAGCAAUUCCUCAUAACACCAUCCGCUCUUAUCCUGCCCCAGGAUUUGGGACUUCCUCCAACUCUGCUGCGGUCUCCCAUGAGCCUGGUAUCCCUAGCUAUCCACCUGCUGCCUCUAUCUACCCGCCUGCUACCUCAACAGCAACAUCAAGUGUACCGCCAUUUCAUGCUGAAGGUGCUGCAUCUUCAAGACAUCUGGGGCACGUGGCUCUAGGCCCUGGUAGUAGUGCUAGGAGUAGAAGGCUGAGGGAUGCCUACCAUGCUUUCCAUCCGUUGAUUGUUGAGGAAAAUAAUUUGAGAGGAUCAGCAGCUGAGCGGUUUAUGAUGCUGGACCAGUUAGUUAUCCAUGAAUCAAGAGAAGAUUCUGAUCCUCACUGGGACAUGAGAUUGGACAUUGAUGACAUGAGUUACGAGGAACUGCUCGCUCUGGGAGAGCGUAUAGGCAGUGUCAGCACUGGUUUGGCUGAUGAAAAAAUUUCAAGCUGUGUGAUGGAGGUGACAUGCUGCAGCUCUGUUCCGGCCCAGGAUGGCAUUGGCAAGGAGAACACAAGAUGCGUGAUUUGCCUGGAGGAAUACAAAUUCAAGGACUCCAGGGGGAAGCUGAAAUGCGGUCAUGACUAUCACGCCGACUGCAUCAAGAAAUGGCUGCAGGUAAAGAGUGUCUGCCCAAUCUGCAAAGCUUGUGUGGCAGACGACAGCGGAGGGAUGGAAUGAAGCGUCGCUCCCACUCCAUUCGUCCUAGCUCAGGGCCAACUGUAUCUAUUCACUUAUCCAUUUUGGCUGUGUAAAUAAUUGGUGGUCCCGAAACAGAAUUAUUUGUGAGCACAAUUUGAACUCUGACAUCUUCCCCGAUGUAAAUCUUAUUCCUCAAGCUAGUUGCUAAUCGAUGGCUGUUGCAUUGUUCAGUGAUUCA